GUAGUUCAGAUAGCAAUACUACGCGCUACAUAACGCACGGGAUCUCUUCUAACCGGUGGAAAAUUGUCACGGUUUACAUUCGAUACAUUUUUUUAGGGUCUGUGAUUGCAAACUUGACAUUUCCCCAAAUAAGAAUGAUUAGGUUGAAAAGAAAUGAAAGGGUUGCAAGUGCAAUGUCUUUACUUUCUUGUGUUAAAUUCAGUAUUGUCUGUCUCGUCUUUGGAAGAGGACCACUCCGUUCAUACCCUUGAUAAUUUAAUGGACAACUUCAAGGACUUGUUUCAAAAGAACGAUGCCACUCCUCAUGCCUACACCAAAUUCUCCCUCCGGAAGCCUUUGAUGCCAGAAGAUGACAUCUGUUACAUCAUCCCCAGCAACCCAGAGUCUCUCAAAGAAUGCACUUUCAACAGCACCUCUAAAACUUUCCUUGUGAUCCAUGGCUGGACAGUGAGUGGCUUGUUUGAGAGCUGGGUGGCCAAACUGGUGUCAGCGCUGUAUGAGAGAGAGCAGGAUGCCAAUGUGAUCGUGGUGGACUGGCUGUACACAGCCCAGAACCACUAUCUUGUAGCCGCCCAGGACACCAAGAUGGUGGGACAAGAGAUCGCUCACUUCAUUGACUGGCUGGAGGAGGCAACCAAUAUCCCUCUUGAUAACCUCCACCUCAUUGGCUACAGUCUGGGUGCUCAUGUGGCAGGAUUCGCUGGGAGUCAUGCCUCUAAUAAAGUGGGCAGAAUAACUGGUCUUGACCCAGCUGGGCCAGACUUUGAGGGAGAGCAUGCUCACCACCGCCUGUCCCCAGAUGAUGCUCACUUUGUGGAUGUUCUUCACACCUUCACACGGGGCUCUCUGGGCUUCAGCAACGGCAUCCAGCAGCCUGUGGGUCAUGUGGACAUAUACCCCAAUGGAGGCAGUUUCCAGCCAGGCUGCAAUCUUCAAAGCACCCUGGAGACUAUUUCAAAAUAUGGUCUCUUUGAAAGGAGAAGAUAACGACCAAUAAGACCCAUUCCUUCCUGUUGGUAGCGGAGAAAGACAUAGGUGACCUCCUGAUGGUAAAGUUCAAGUGGCAGGAGUCUACUAACUGG